CUGAAGCACGGGUACAGUCUGCUGCAACGGGUGGAAGGAGAGACAGCGACUCGUCCGGCCUCUCCGGUGCGACACCUUGUGAGCCAUGAGUCAGUACGGUUCUCAAAAUGCACUCAGCAUGAACACGAGCUUGAGCCGCAAAGGAGACCCCGGCGGGGGCUCCUUCCGCUACACCCGCACGGAGUUGGUGCAAGGGGCCGCCGGCAACGGCUACGACCACUUCAUGGAUGGACACAACACCUUGACCAAGACUUCGGCAGGAGGGGCAAUGGCGGUCGACACCAUCGGAAGAAUGACAUGCACCACGGGAGGUGGAAUCAGCGGCCUCAACGACAUCCAUCAGAGGGUCAUGACGCUUCAAGCCCAGUGUCAGGAGGACCUGAGGAGAGCCGAAUUCGCCCUGCAAUCUGGGGGGAAUAUGGCUGAUGCAGAGCAGUACAUGUUGAGGGCGAAAGACACAAUUGAGCAGCUCAAGUUGUAUGCAAUGGACCUGAGGCAGAUGGGUCAGCCCAACGACAACGUUGUCAAAACUUGGGAGAUUUGUAAUGAUCAGCUGAAGGGGGUCCACUUGGCAAUGAGCGGCUCUUUGCAAAGGAGAAGGAGUGGUAAAGGGAGCUCUGGAACUUGGGAGGAGCCGGGGAAGAGCUUCCAUGAUGCCGUGGCCUGGAUCGCGCAGCAAAAGCGUCUGAUUGAAACGACAUACUGGGGUGAAGAUCCUGCUGGUAUAGAAAAGAAUCUUAUCAGCCACCAGAGGUUUCACAACUCCAUCCAGAACAGUGCAGAAGUGGACAGAGCCAGGAGUGAAUUGGUCAAAAAAGGGGACAAAGGAAAUCUUCAUGCUUUGGACCAGGAGUGGGACAGUCUACAGCAAAUAUCACAUGCUCGGAUGCAGCAGUUAGGAGACCUCCAGCAGAUCAUCCAGGAACUGUCCAAGGAGAUCAUGUGGGUCAAUGACAAGGAAGAAGAAGAGUUGAUCUUUGACUGGGGUGAAAAGAACCUGGACCAGUACAUCCCCCGCAAGCAAGAAAGCUAUUCCAAACUCAUGAGUGCCCUUGAGGAGAAAGAAAAGCAUCUGAAUAAACUGAAGGUCCGAGCAGACACCCUACUGAAGAACAAACACCCGGCCUCGGACAAGAUCGAGGCAUACCGGGACACGCUGCAGACUCAGUGGAGUUGGCUCCUUCAAAUUACCAAAUGCAUCGACGUGCAUUUGAAGGAGAAUGCGGCAUACAAUCAGUUCUUUAAGGAGGCCAAUGGGACAUACAGCGCCUUGCAGGGGCAACAACAAUCCAUUUGUACAAAGUUCACCUGUGACAAAAACACCUCACUGGAAAACCUGUUGGAGUUCCUCAAGGGAUUGGAGAGGGAGCGAGAGACGCUGAGGGACCAAAAGAGGCAAGUUCAGCAUCUUGUUAACAAGGCCAACGGCAUCGUCAGACUGAAAUCCAGAAACCCAGAAGAGAAGAGCAAUCGGCCUGUCAUUGCCAAAGCCUUGUGCGACUUCAAACAAGACCAGAAGGUGAUCUGUAAGGGUGACGAGGCCAUCUUGAAGGACAACAGUCAGCGCAGCAAGUGGGAGGUCACGGGGCCAGGGGGACUGGAUAUGGUCAUACCGUCCGUCUGCUUGAUCCUCCCACCUCCCAAUCCGCUCAGCAUUAACCUGGCUAACAAAAACGAGCAGCUCUAUGAGUCCAUAAUGUCUUUCUGGAACCAGCUGUACAUCAACGUGAAGAGUCUCAUCGCCUGGCAGUACUGCCUUCUGGAUAUCAAUCGCAUCAACUCGCUCACCCUAACCAUGCUGGCUCGGAUGAGUCCCGAGGAGUACUCCCAGUUUAUCAGGAGCCUGGAGACGCAUUAUGAAGAGUUCAAAAUGAGUUGCCAAGGCUCUCAGAUGUUUGCUGAGAACGACAAGAAGGGCAUGGAGAUUCAGUUCAAUGGGGCUCAGGCCUACUACGGAACUCUCGUGGUGCAGCUACCCGCUUACCAAGCCCAGCAAGGGCAGCAACAGCUCAUUAUCAUGACCUCAGCUGCCGAUGAAGAUGCCAGAAUGCUUGAGGAAGAGCGGCAGAGAACAGAGGUGAAGAAAAUCACGAAAGAGGUCGUGAAAGCGGUCAAGACGGAGCCAGUGAAAAAGAAGGUCACUUCGUCUCACAGUUUAACGGAGCUGCAAGCACUCAGACUGAAGCUGGAAGCAGCUGAGGACUUGCUGAGUCAGCAUGUUCACAUCUGCUUGGGAGAUGAUGCGACCAACGACUGCAGCCUCAGAAUCACACAGAUGGAGAGUGCGCAGCUUGACGUCCAAGCAAUGAAAGAGGAGUACAUCAGGCUGAGGGAGAAUAUUAUGAAGGAGCUGGAGAGCACGAAUGAUUCUGAUAAAGCUCAAUUCCUACUUAGUGAGCUUGAAGUCAUCACCCAACGGCUCAGCGGUCUGGAGAGCAACUUAUCAACUUUUCUUCUUUGGCUACAGGCUCUAAGGGACCUGCUGGAAAGCAUGGCACAUGCUGAAGAUAUAGUUAAAGUUCAUGAAGCGAGACUGACCGAGAAGGAGACCACUUCUCUGUUACCGGAAGACGUGAACGACUACUUGAAGAUUCUUAAGAAUGUUCAGGAUGGGUUGGAUGGCAAAAGUGACAUUGUGACCUCCAUGGAAGCUGAACUUGCCAAGGCAAACCAGUGCAAUGGCCAGGUGGGCGGGCCCUUCUACAAGUGUGACAUGAUGCUGUCAAAAUGCACUGAGCAGGUGGGCCUGCUGUCAGACCGCUGGAGACGAAUAAAGGCGCAGAUUGAUACUAGACUGCAGGACUUGCAGCACUACCUGCCUCAACUGGAGCACUACAAGCAGUCUAGCUCCUCCUUCAGCGACUGGAUUGAUGACACUCGCAAAAAGCAAGACAGCUUGCAAGCCACCAACAUCCAGAAUGUUCAAUCUCUGAAAGACCACAUCAGCAAUCAGAAGGCUCUGAAUGCAGAAAUCAAAGCAAAGAGGGAUGCACUGGAGAAAAUCCUCAAAGACAAUGAGGCCUGCGUGGCCUCAAUCAAGGAUUAUGAAACAGACCUAGCCUGUUACACCUCUGGCUUGGAGACUUUGCUCAACAUCCCUAUCAAGAGAACAAUGCUAAGAUCGCCAUCUGUAGAUCUUAUUCUGGAGGCUAGUCAACUGCAGACCCGUUACAUGGAGUUGCUUACUAUGUCUGAUGACUACUUGAAAUUCAUAGGGGAGCUUCUCAAAAACAUGGAGGAUCUUAAGAUUCGAAAUACUCGAAUUGACUUGUUAGAGGAAGAGCUUCGCAUACUGAGGGAGGCUAUGGAGGAUCGCAAUAGCAAGAACAAGUCUCUCGAAGAUGCGAUUGUCCGCUAUCAACUCGAGCUGUCCCAGUCACAGGACAAGCUGCUGUCGAUGGAGGAGAUCAAGCGAACCACAGCGCUGCAGUGCAAUGCCGCAAAAGACAGCCUAGAUGACUCACACAACCAACUGGCGGACCUCGCUGAUCAGGUGACACGUCUCAACUACUUGCUAGAGGAAGAAAAGAGGAAGAGGAAAUUGGCCGAGGAGCGCCACACCCAACAGCAACAGGAGUACGAGUCUGUCCUUAGGAAGAGGCAUACCGAGUUAGAAAGCGUGAGCUGGUCCAAAGUGGAAGUGGAAAAGACGAUGGGAAAUCAAGAGCAUGAGAUCAAGCAGCUGCAACGGAAGCUAGAAGAGGAAACCUCCAAGGUGGCAGAACUGCAGAAGGAGAUUUCAAAGAUCUCAAGCACAAUGCUAUCACUGCAGUCGGAGUACACCGAGAUUGUGAAAGAAAGAGAUGCACUGCUGCUGAAACUCCAGUUGUCUGGGACAGACAAAGAUGACCUCCAAAGGCUCGAGGAGGAACGCCGACGCAUUAAGCUGUCUCUUGAGUCUGAGCUUCAAAAUAAGCGACGUGUACAGGAGGAGAAUGAGAGGGUGAAAAGAGAUUUAAGUUACUGGAAGGAACAAUAUGAAAGUAAGCAGGGUCUUGUUAACCAGUACAAUGCAGACAAGGAACGUCUGGAAAGGGAAACGACUAGUUUGAAAAUGGAGAUAGAGAGGCUUCGAAGGGAACUUAGUGAGCUCGAGAAUACAUAUAAAGGAAAGCUGUCAAACCUCCAGAAAGAACUCACAGAGUUGACUCUUGUGAGACAGACUAUACAGAAUGAGGUCAAGAAAAGUAGAGAACUCCCAACCUUGGAUCCAGCUACCGUUAUUUUUGAUGGUGUUCGUAAACCAAUUACAGUAACCCAAUUGCUUGAUUGUGGGCUUUUGGAUAAACCAACUUUUAACCAGCUCAUUAAAGGGCAAAAGACUGUUCCUGAUGCAUCCGUCGAUAUAAAAGUUAGUCUCAAAGGAACAGGCCCGAUAGCGGGGGUGAUCAUUGAAAACCCACAGGGUGACAGUUUUAUUUAUAAAAUGAGCCUCACAGAAGCAAAGAAAGAGGGUCUUCUCCCAGCAGAUGCUGUUGACCUGCUACUGGAUGCUCAGGCAGCCACAGGCCACAUCAUUGAUCCCAAAACUAAUCAAAAGCUGACAGUAGAGGAGGCAGUUGCUGCCGGAGUGGUAGACCCGAGAGAUCAAAACAGACUUUUAGCUGCACAAGCUGCUGCCGUGGGCUACAAGGAUUUCAGUGCAGUCAAGUCACUUUCGGUGUACGAGGCCUUGAAGAGGGGAUUGAUUGACAGAAACGAUGGACUGCGUUUAUUACAGGCCCAGGAGUGUGUCGGUGGCAUACUAGAUCCGAACCUCAGCGUGUUCCUUCCCAAAGUCACAGCUAUCGGUCGUAGUAUUUUGGAUGAAAAUCUCAGUUAUGCUUUGACCCAGAAUCCCAAGUGUUAUCUUGACCCAGACAACGAACACGGUGUCAGUUAUGGAGAUUUGAAGAAAAGAUGCAAGACAGAGGCUCACACUGGUCUGCUACUGUUGCCAGUCACGAAGGGAAUAGACCCAUCCAAAGUGAUUUUUGAUGGUGUUCGUAAGCCAGUCACAGCACAACAGUUGCAUGACUGUGGUAUCUUGGACAAACAUUCACUUCAUCAAUUAACAAAGGGACAAAAAUCCCUCCCACAGUUGUCAGAAGAAAAAAAACUAUUUUUAAAGGGGAUCAGGCCAAUUUCUGGUGUAGAAGUUGGAUCUUUUGGGACUAUAUCUUUGUCAGAAGCCAAGAAACAGUUGCUGAUGAAUCCACAUUGUGCAGAUUUACUACUUGAUGCCCAGGCAGCAACCGGCUACAUUAUUGAUCCAAAAACUAAUCAGAAGUUCACAGUAGAGGAGGCAUGUGCCAGAGGACUGGUGGACAUAAGAGAUCGAGAUAGGCUCUUGGCAGCAGAAUCCGCCGCUUUGGGUUAUCGGGAUCCUAGCACGGCUAAACCGCUUUCAGUCUUUCAAGCCAUGAACAAAAGACUAAUCGAUAGGAGAACUGGGCUACGCCUUUUGCAGGCCCAGGACUCUUGUGGGGGGAUUUUAGAUCCUAAUCUGAGUGUGUUCUUCCCCAAAGACAUGGCUGUGAAUCGCAGCCUUUUAGAUGCAGAUAUUUGUAAGGCUCUGAAUCAAAAUGCAGAGUGUUACCUUGACCCGGAGAAUGAACAAAAUGUCAGCUAUGAGGCUCUGAAGAAAAAAUGCAAAACCGAGUUCAACACUGGUUUGAUAAUUCUACCAAUUACUGAAAGAAAAGAUCCCUCCAAACUGAUGUUUGAUGGUGUCCGCAAGCCAGUCUCAGCGAAGCAGUUGUUCGAAUGUGGAGUGCUUGACAAGCAUACAUUCGAUCAGUUACUGAAAGGGGAGAAGACUGUUGCUGAGAUGUCUUCUGAAAAAGUUAUCUCUCUGAAGGGAACUGGCUCGAUUGCUGGGGUUCAAGCUGGGAACCAGGGAAAAAUUUCUUUGUCAGAAGCUAAAAAACAAGGCCUCUUAUCCUCAGAGACUGCAAAUUUGCUACUGGAAGCACAGGCUGCCACCGGUCACAUAAUCGAUCCUACGACUUAUCAGAAGCUAACAGUAGAUGAGGCUUGUGCCAGAGGAGUAGUUGAUCUAAAGGACAGAGACAAAUUAUUAGUCGCAGAAGCCGCUGCUAUUGGUUAUAAAGAUCCAAGUAUGGCGAGGCCUUUGUCUGUCUAUGAGGCAAUGAAAAGAGGACUAAUUAAUUGGAAAACUGGUUUACGAUUCCUGCAGGCCCAAGAGUGCGUUGGAGGAAUACUUGACCCCACUCUCAGUGUAUUCCUCCCAAAAGACGUAGCGAUCAAACGCAAUUUAUUAGAUGAAGACCUCCGCAAUUGUCUAAAUCAGAGCCCUACAUACUACCUUAAUCCCGAACCUGAGCUUGAUGUAAGUUACGGGGCUUUGAAACUUAGAUGCGAGACAGAGCCUCACAGUGGCCUGCAAAUUCUGCCAAUUUCAGAAAAGCUGGAUCCUUCCAAAUUGAUAUUUAACGGUGUGCGCAAGACAGUAACAGCACAACAAUUGUUUGACUGUGGAGUCUUGGACAAAGCUACAUUAAAUCAACUCAUCACAGGGGUGAAAACAGUCCCGGAGGUGUCAGCAGAAAAGCAGGUUUUCCUCAAAGGCACUGCUAUAAUUGCUGGGAUUUCAACUGGAUUAUUCCAAAAAAUGUCCUUUACUCAGGCCAAGAAAGAAAGUAUUAUAGCCCCUGACAGUGCUGACUUGCUACUUGAAGCUCAGGCAGCUACAGGACACAUCAUUAACCCACAGACAAAUCAGAAAUUGACUGUUAAGGAAGCAUGUGCGAGAGGUGUUGUCUCUAAGGAAGACGAAUCAAAGUUGUUUGCUGCUGAAGCUGCUGCCAUAGGUUACAGAGACCCAAACACUUCCCUGCUCAUGUCAGCUGGCCAGGCCAUGAAAAAGGGACUUAUUGACAAGGACACAGCUCUUCGCGUACUUCAGGCUCAAGAGUGUGCAGGAGGUAUUUUGGAUCCUAUCCUGAGUGUAUACCUACCUAGGGACAUUGCUAUGGAUCGAGAUCUGAUAGAUGCAGACCUAUACAAGGCCCUCAGUCAGUAUCCUGAAUGUUAUUUGGAUCCAGACACGCAACUGCCAGUUAGCUAUCUGUCCUUGAAAGCAAGAUGCAGAGCAGACACAAGCACGGGUUUAUUGCUUCUUCCAGAACCUAAAAAACCAACAACUGUCCAAGGGCUUCGAAGUCAAGUCUCUGUCAUAGAUCUAGUAGAUGCCAACCUGCUGGAGCUAUCUGAUAUUAAUGGAUUGGAAGAAGGGCGACUGACAAGUCAGGACAUUGCGUACCGACUGCGUUCUUAUUUGGGCAAGUCCACCUGCAUAGCAGGACUAUUGGAUGAAGCCAGUGAUAGGGUGAUGACAGUUUAUGAAGCUAUGAAAAGUGGACUCUUACGACCGGAGACAGCUCUAUACCUUCUUGAAGCCCAGGCUGCCUCAGGUUUUAUCGUCGACCCAGUGAACAAUAUUCACCUCACUGUUAGUGACGCUUAUAACAAAGGAGUAUUUGGGGCCGAGUGUCUGGACAACCUGCUAUCAGCAGAAAGAGCUGUGAAAGGUUACAAACUUCCUGGUACAGAAAAUGUAAUAUCUCUUUUCCAGGCAAUCAAGAGGGGUCUAGUUGAGAAAGGGCAUGGUAUACGCCUUCUUGAGGCCCAGAUUGCCAGUGGCGGGAUUAUUGAUCCUGAACACAGCCAUCGGAUUGAUGUGGAUGUGGCCUGCCGCAAAGGAUUCUUAAAUGAGGAAAUGAAUAAGAAUGUGACCGAUCAGAAUGCUGCUCAUAAGGAUUACGUUGAUCCUAACACAGAGGAAAACUUAACAUACUUGGGUCUUAAGAAACGUUGUAUUACUCAUGGAAAGACUGGCCUGAUCCUUUUGCCAAUUGUGGACAAGGAAAAACAAGAGGCAACGACGAAAAACACCUUGAGAAAAACGAGAGUGAUAAUUAUGGAUCCGCAGACUAAUAAGGAGAUGACUAUACGUCAAGCAUAUGAUAAAGGCUUGAUUGACUACAGCACCUACCUGGAGCUUUCUGCACAGGAGUGUGAGUGGGAAGAGAUCACUAUCACUGAACCUGAUGGUUCCAAACGUUCUGUUUUCAUUGACAAGAAGACAGGAAGCGAGUACGACAUCAAUAAACUGCUUGAGAAAAAACUCAUUGAACAGUCAGUUAUUAAUCAGUAUCGCUCAGGGAUCAUUACUUUAACAGAGUUUGCCGAUAUCAUCACUGAAAAGACGCAUGGAUUGCCACCAACAAUUUCCACGUCACAGGCUUCAUUUCCGACGUCAAUGUCAUCAUCAACAGCAACAGUAAUGACAAAAUCUUCUUUCACAAAAACAUCUUCAAUACCUCCCACCAUUAAAGAGCAAAGCUUUGCAACCGGUAGUGAUUCUCAAGGCCUUACAGACACCCUAAAUCAAACAGCAAGUGUCGCUAUCACCCUGGCCUCUCCUGUUGAAAUUGUCGGUGAAAAGGAACCCGUGGGCGCCAUAUUUGAUACAGAAACUUUGGACAAAUUAUCAAUCGUGGCAGCUCUAAACAAUGGUCUUGUUGAUACCAUAACUGCUCAGAGAUUGCUGGAGGCACAAGCGUGCACCGGAGGAAUCGUAAAUCCAGAAAAUGGGCGUCGGCUCAGCAUCCAAGAAGCGUGCCGCCAAGGCAUCAUUAACGAUGACAUGGCAGCCAAACUCAAGGCCGCUCAGAAAGCGUUUAUUGGCUUUGAAGAUGUCAAAACCGGAAAGAAAAUGUCCGCGGCUGAAGCUGUUAAGGAAAUGUGGCUACCUUAUGAGGCAGGCCAGAGGUUUUUGGAGUUCCAAUUUGGGACAGGAGGACUUUGCGACCCUGAACUGGGCUGUAGACGAAGCACAGCAGAUGCUUUGCAAAUGGGCUGGAUUGAUGGUAGCACUGCUAUGAAACUCCAAGAUGUCAGACACCACACAAAGAAUUUAACAUGCCCAAAGAGCAAACUGAAGAUUUCUUAUAAGGAGGCUCUGGAGAAUUGUCUGGUGGAGGAGAGUACUGGGCUGAGAAUGUUACCAGCAUCAUCCGUUUCCUCCAGAGGGAUAAGUAGUCCGUACAAUUUUGCGUCUGCCCCAGGAUCUAGCACAGGCUCUAGAAGUGGCUCACGACGAAGCUCUCGUAGAAGCAGUUUGGAUUUAGGCUCUCCCGCCUCCUUGUCAACCAGUCAUUACAGUCAUACAACCCUUACCACCCACACCACCAGACCCUAACCCACGGUCUUAUCCCGAAGGUAUGGAGUUGAGUCAGGGGAGUUGAAAUUGACUCAUGAAUACAUUCAAGCAAUCAAUCAGACAGGAUUGGGAAGCCACACGCAGCGUGCAAAUUUUAACAUUUGAGACUUACUCUCCACAACCGCUUUGUGAAACAACACCUAUGACUUACUUCUUCGUGUGCUGUCUGAAAAAGGGGCUUUUUUUGCUUUGGGAACAUAUUGAUGCUGUGAUUGCAUUCAUUCUGCAUUUAUUAGGCUAUUCUCUUUGUUUUGUUUUGGCAGGGUUGCAAGGUUAUUUACAUGCACAGUGGUACACCACAAUGGAUGUUCAACUAUAAUUUGAUGUUGAUUUGAUUGAAAGAACAUUUUCAAGUCGACUUGCAUUUAAUAUGUAUUUUCAAUUCCUUUCGUGAAAGAUGCCACAAAAAGCCAACAGAAGAGUCAAAACACCAAUGGAUUGUACAAUGGGGGGGAUUUCAAGGUAUUACUGUGUAUUCAUGAAAACAUUAAACUUUUGAUUCUUUGAGUGAAUGAAUAAUUGUCCAUAUAUUCAUGGUCAUUCUGCUUACUUGCUAAUAUGUUGUUUUCAAUAAAACAUAUUACAUGAA